AUGGCCACCAAGGAGCCCGUCCUCACCAAGAACGCCCCGCCGCCGCUACCGGGCAUCUACAGCCAGGCCAUCAAGGCCAACGGCAUGGUCUUCGUCUCCGGCGCCGUCCCCAUGGACGCCGAGACCGGCAAGCUGAUUGACGGCGACAUCCAGGCUCACACGCACCAGUGCAUCAAGAACCUCAAGGCCAUCCUCGAGGCCGCUGGCACCACCCUCGAGAAGGUCGUCAAGGUCAACGUCUGGCUCGCCAACAUGGAGGACUUUGCCAAGAUGAACGAGGUCUACUCGACCUACUGGGGCGACGUCAAGCCCUGCCGGACGUGCGUUGCCGUCAAGACGCUGCCGCUCAACACCGACGUCGAGAUUGAGUGCACGGCUGUCUUGUAA